AUGAGGAAACUUACAUCUUCAACCACAAUUGGUUCGAAGCGCAAGCAUCCCAACAGCAACCAAGAGAAUGAAAAUCGUAUUGUCAUGGAUGCAUCGUACAUGUCGUCCAUUGAAUGCAGCAACAAUACACACAAUCGUACACCGCUACGUGGUGUUUUCCAAAGUUCGCUAAGUACGCCUUUGAGUAUUGUGACAAAUGGGAUGGAAAGUAAUUGUUGCAUUACAAAUGACAAUAAUAUGCAAACAGUCCUGGUAGAGCCGGAGAGUGAAACCAUCCCACAUUACCGAAAUUUGGUGCCAGACUUUCAGGAAGUUGUUGAACCGUUACAUGAUAAUAUGCCCUCAGUUAAUGAGAAUGAGAUAGAAAAUCGCUUAAACUCUUUGAGGGCUGAAAACAAUGGUUCUGCAUUGCAUAGUGAGGUAGUACAUGACAUUAAGCAAGUGCUAGAUGAACACAAUGUGUUGGUUAAGUCAUUCCGAAUGGCCAAGUCGUUUCUGGAGUCUAAUCCUCAAAGUCAAAUUAGAAUGAGAUUAAUAGGAAAGAGGACUAAAGAUGCCAGGACUUAUGCGUUACCAACUACUUCCGAGGUUGCUGCACUCAUUGUUGGAGAUAUAGACCCUUACAUAGGUCAACAGGAUAUUGUUGUCGAGUGUAGGUCUGGAGCCCUGAAACGAAUAAAUGAAUUAAACCCGGCCUAUUUACCAUUGCAAUACCCAAUCUUAUUUCCAUACGGGGAGGAUGGUUUUCGAGAAGAUAUACAUUUUGCAACACUUGGUACAAAACAAGAUUUUGCAAGAAAGAGUGUUUCACAAAGAGAGUACUUCGCGUUCCGUAUCCACGAAAUAUCAAAUGAGAUUUCAACAAUAAUGUAUGCUAAAAGGUUAUUCCAACAAUUCAUGGUUGAUGCGUAUACUAUGGUUGAAUCUUCGAGGUUGCUCUAUAUUAGGUCAAAUCAAAAAGCUUUGAGGUGUGAGGCGUACAAAGGUCUGUCUGAUGCGUUGACGCGCGGUGAAGUUCAACCCAGCUCUCAAGGGAAAAGAAUAAUAUUACCAUCAAGUUUCACUGGAGGAGCAAGAUACAUGAUACAGAACUAUCAAGACGCCAUGGCAAUUUGCAGAUUCAUAGGUUAUCCAAAUCUAUUUAUCACUUUUACAUGUAAUCCUAAAUGGCCCGAGAUACAACAAUUCUUGGAGAAAAGAAACUUGAAAGCUGAAGAUCGUCCCGACAUUGUCUGCCGUGUUUUCAAACUGAAGCUAGAUUUAAUAUAUACAAUUGAAUUUCAAAAACGUGGUCUUCCGCAUGCUCACAUAUUACUGUUCCUACAAGCGACCCACGACUUUGCCAACUCGGCUUUUAUGGACACGAUCAUUUCAGCCGAGAUUCCCGACAAGCGUUCAGACAUUGAGUAUUACAAAGUUGUCGAAGAAUUCAUGCUGCACGGCCCAUGCGGUGCUGCAAGGAGUAAAUCCCCGUGCAUGGCAAAUGGCAAGUGUUCAAAGCAUUUUCCAAAAAGAUACAUUGAUGCAUCACAUUUUGACCAAGAUGGUUACCCGUUGUAUCGAAGAAGGGAUGAUAAGAGGACAAUCAAAAAGAAUGGAAUAGAGUUGGAUAAUAGAUAUGUUGUACCACAUAAUCGGUACUUGUUUUUGAAAUACAAAUCUCACAUUAAUGUAAAGUGGUGUAACCAUUCUAGGUCAAUCAAGUACCUCUUCAAGUAUGCAAACAAGGGCAACGACCAUGUAACUGCUGAGUUUUAUAAGACUUCGAUGGAUGAAGCGGGUAAUGAGAUUGUGGAUGAGAUAAACAUGUAUUAUGAUUGCAGGUACGUAUCUUCAUGCGAAGCAGCUUGGAGAUUGUUUAGUUUUGAAGUCCAGUAUAGAACUCCCCUGGUUGAGCGAUUAAGCUUCCACUUGCCGGAUUGCCAAUCAGUUGUUUUCCAAGACGAUGAUACUAUUGAUAAUGUACUCAAUAGAGAAACCGUUGGUCAAAGUAUGUUUAAUGCAUGGUUUUUAGCCAACCAGAAUUUCAAAGAAGCGAGUUUGUUGACUUACAUUGAGAUGCCUACCAAAUUUGUUUGGAAAAAAGACAUCCGUGAAUGGCAUCCAAGAAAGACCAAUAGAACCUCAAUUGGUCGAAUAUUCUAUGUACCUCCAGCUUCAGGUGAAAUAUAUUAUUUGAGGUGUCUAUUGAACAUAGUCCGUGGUCCAAAAAGUUUCAAAGAUAUUAGGACAAUUAACGGUGUUGAGUACUUGACCUUUAGAGAUGCGUGUUAUGCGCAUGGAUUGCUAGACGACGAUAAAGAGUACAUUGAUGCUAUAAAUGAGGCAAGCUACUGGUCAACUGCACAUUCAUUGAGGAAGCUAUUUGUUGUUUUACUAACAUCAUCCUCAAUUAUUAGACCCGAAAAUGUUUGGAAUCAAGUUUGGCAACAUCUGUGUGAAGAUGCUCAACACUAUCAAAGAAGAAUAUUAAAACAACAAGAUUUGGUCUUAACAGAGGAAGAGAAAAAGAACUUUGGAUUAUUGGAAUUGGAAAACCUGUUGGGGCAACAGAACAAGUCUUUACAAGACUUUCCUCCGAUGCCCACACCAAGUACUGAUAAUACAAGGUUGUUUCAAAAUCGAUUGGUUUUUGAAGAAUUGAGUUACAAUUCGGAACAACUGAAGACAGAUUCUGAACCGAUGUGUGCCAAACUAACAGAAGAACAGGGUCUCAUUUUUUAUACUGUUAUCCAAGAUAUUGCAACCAAUAAAGGUGGAUUAUUUUUUGUUUAUGGAUACGGUGGAACAGGAAAGACAUUUUUAUGGAGAGCGUUAUCCGCUGCAGUCCGGUGCAAAGGCCAGAUCGUUUUAAAUGUCGCAUCAAGUGGCAUAGUUUCUUUGUUGUUACCAGGUGGCCGAACUGCUCACUCGAGAUUUGCAAUACCUAUUGCAAUAAAUGAGGACUCUACCUCGUUAGAUCGAACCAUGCGGGAUUUUUUGCGUUUUGUUGACCCUAACAGUGAAAUGAAGACGUUUGGUGGUAAAACAGUUGUCCUGGGUGGAGAUUUCUGGCAAAUUCUUCCAGUAGUUCCAAAAGGUACACGGCUAAGUUCGGUACACAACGGUGUGAACCGGCAGGCAUUACAAGAGUUUGCUAAUUGGAUUGCCAAUAUCGGCGAUGGAAAGCUUGGUGGGCGGAAUGACGAAUUCGCAGAGGUUCAAAUACCUAAUCACAUGUUAGUAUCAUCCGGGGGGGACGACAUUAAAGCAAUUGUGGAAAGUACAUUUCCAAUGUUUGCAAUUGGAAACACUGACCCUGAGCAUCUGAUAGGCCGUGCUAUACUUGCACCAACGCUGGACGUUGUCAACGCAGUUAAUGAAUAUAUGACUGAGUUGCAUAAUGCCGAAAGCAGGUCCUACUAUAGUUUAGACGCAGUAUGCAAAGCCGACGGUGAUAAUGGUAUACAUGGAGAUGUACACACACCGGAAUUUCUAAACAGCAUUCGUGUGUCGGGUCUACCAAAUCAUACACUGAAUUUGAAAAUUGGCUCACCAGUAAUAUUAAUGAGAAAUAUUGACCAUUCUCUUGGGUUGUGCAAUGGAACUCGGUUGAUAAUCACAAAGUUAGCAGACCAUGUUAUUGAAGGCGAGCUUCUCACUGGUCCCAACAAAGGUACAAAAGUGUUAAUUCCCCGAAUGUCAAUGUCACCCUCGGAUCCAAGAUUGCCGUUCAAGUUUCAACGAAGGCAAUUCCCAUUGAUGCUUUCAUAUGCGAUGACCAUAAACAAUAGUCAAGUCCAAACGUUGUCUCAUGUAGGGUUAAUACUAAAGAAACCAGUUUUUGUACACGGUCAGUUGUACGUAGCUGCAUCUCGGGUUAAUAAUCCAGACGGUCUGAAAAUACUGAUUGUAAAAGACUCAAGUUCAACUACUACAUCAACCACUAAUGUUGUAUAUCAUGAAGUUUUCAAUAAUUUGUAA